AUGUCCAAAUUAAGAGCAUUCUUCUCAUUCAACAACUCAUGGAAGUUGAACUUUGAGGGCAAGGAGAUGACCAUCGAGGUCACAUGUCAGAAGAAGGUCUUGGUCAAUGGCCAAGAAGUCACCUUCAUCAUCAACAAGAAUUUCCUUCGUCUAGAGUUCGUUUAUGAGGACCAUGUAUUCUAUAUUAGCCCAGGCAAGGCUUUGCCAUUUUUGGGAUUCAACUCACAAUUAUAUAUGGAUCAGGUCAAUGUGUUGAAUGGAAAGCCAUACACUAUUACACCAUUCAAACAAAGAUUGGCCGUUGUGAUCAUUGCCUACUUGCUCGGUGCCAUUAUCUCAUUCUGGGCACUCAUCCCUAUUUUUGUCUACUUGCUCGGUCUAUUCCUCUUCUUUAGAAGACGUACAUACACCGUUCACUCACUGCCCGCUCAACUCGUCAAUGGUGGAUCCGUUGAGGAGGGAGCUUCUACCGACGCCGCCGCUCCACUCGUCUCCAACUACACCGUAUACAACCCAAUCAUGACCGACUAUAUCCUGCCAUUGUGUGACAAGGUCAAGGGUCUGGCCAAGAAGAAUGAGCAGCCACAGCAAGUCCAAUACACCUACUCCACCAGCUCAUACAACAUGCCCGCUCAACAGCAGACUAUGCAACCAAUGCAGUCCAUGCCACAGAUGCAACAACAGCCAAUGAUGCAGCAAAUGCCAGUCCAGCAGCAACAGAUGCAGCAGCAGCAGCCAAUGCAACAGAUGCCAGUCCAGCAGCAGCAGCAGCAGCAGCAGCCAAUGCAGCACAUGCCACCAAUGCAACAACUCCAACAGCCAACCCAGACACCAAUGCAAACUGCCAUGAACCAGUCCGGUCAGCCAAACUCUCCACAGAUGCAACCAACCAUCCAGCCAAUCCAGACCAUGUACCCAAGCUACCCACCAAUCUACCAGCCAGCUCCAUACCAAUCAUACAUUCCCAUGAUGAUCCCUCAGCAGAACCAACAAGUUCAGCAGCAACAGCAGCAGCAGCCACAGAAGUAG